UUUCGUCUUGAAAACAAAAUUUGAUGAUCAUGACUUUGGUUGAUAAUAAUAGUAAUCAUCAUCAUUCGUUUGAUCAGGAGCAAGAAUCAUCAUCAUCAUCAAAAAUGGUAAAACUUUCAUUGAUGGCAUAUUUUGAUGAUAUGUGUCGUUAUCAAAAUUAUAUUAGUACAUAUGAUAGAUCAUUACAUAAUGAUUUGGCUAAAUUAUUGAAAAUUUGUGAUCAAUUUAAAUCACGUUGGUCAAAAACGGCAAAAGAAUUGAAAAAAGCUCGUCAACAAAUUGACCAAUUGACUGAAGAAAAUAUUCGUUUGGAAAAAGAUUUACAAUAUUUUAAGGAUAAAUUUUUGGAAAAAUCAAACGAUUAUGACAAAGUAAACAAAGAAUUGAUCGAUCUUCGUUCAAAAGUUAAACAAUUUGCCAAUGUUGUAAAUUCUACUGAUUUGCCUAUGGAUAAAAACAAUGUGAUUAUGAAAUCAAGAUUCGAUUUAGAGGAUGAAGAAAAUGAAAAAUUCCGAUUGCAUUUAAAUCAUUUACGACGUGUCAAUUUUGAUGAUGAUCAUCGAAUCAAUGAAAAUGGCGAAAAUAAACACAAUAAACGAAUUCAUUUGAAAACAAUUGCCGAAGAAGAAGAAAAGGCAGAACAGAAAAAACAUAAUGAACAAAUUGAAAUUAUGACCAAAACCGUUGUGGAAAAAAAUUUUACUGCACCAUCAAGUUCAAAUUCUUCGGAUUUAACAAUCGAUGUUAGUGAAGUAGAUGAACCAUUGAAUAAUCAUUGUGAUAAUAAUAAUGGUGAUAUUAUCAAAACAAUGGAUAGAAAAUUGCAUCUAAAUGAUAAUAUAAAAUUGAUGAAAAUCGAUUCCAACGAUGAAAUUAAUAAUGGCUAUUCACUUCGUCGUUUUGCUUAUCUUUUGCAUCCUUCACCACCUGAUUGUGAACAAAAAAAUUAUUUAGCAAAAAUUUCAGCCAUUAAUGGCCAUCAUGAACAUCAUUGGAAAUCGGAUCGUUCAACAUCACAUCGUUUGUUGAUCUGUGCUAUUUGUAAUAAUCGUAUUGGAUUCUAUAGUAAAUAUGUUACCUGUGAUGGUUGUGAUGAACGUGCACAUGAUUAUUGUGUUGUUCAUAAUCAUCCAUCGAAACGAAAUUUUCGAACAAUAAUGGAUUUUGUACAAUCAUCACCUAUUGAAUCAUCAUCAUCAACAUCAUCAUCUCAUGUUGAACCAUUGGUUCCAACAUUGUUAUUGAAAUGUUGUUCAGAAAUUGAAAAACGUGGCCUACGAUUGAAUAAUAUUUAUGGUCAUAUACAACAGCCAAAUUCUUCAAUCAUACAGAAUUUAAUGUUGGAUUUAUUGUAUCCAAAAAAUGGUUAUAAUAAUCAAUUUUCACAUAUUGAUAUUGAUUCAUUAUGUAAUAUUGUUAUCUAUUUUCUUGGCUAUCUUAUUGAUCUUGGUGAUCCUUUGAUACCGGAAUAUUUGUAUGAUGGUCUAUACAAUUUAUUGUCAAAUCAUUCCGAUGAUAAUUUUAAAAUAAUCGAUUGGAUUAUUUGUCAACUUCCAUCCUGUAAUCGUGAUACAUUGGCAUUUUUAUUGGUACAUUUACGUAAAGUGGCUAAAAAUCAACAUUAUAAUAAUAUGUCAUUGGAAAAAUUGGCCAGAAUUUUUGCUCCAAAAAUUUUUCAUCCUUUAUUUCCAACAUCGAUACAGGAAAAAACUAUGAUGAUAUUAUUAUCGAUAUCAUCAGAUUUUUGGCUACAAAUUCUUUCACAGGAUGCAUCUAGUUCAAGUCCUACAUCGGCUUUGUUGAACAAUAGCAUUGAAGAUAAUCAUGUGAGCUUUUUUCAAAGUCCUUGUAGCUAUAAAUCGGUUGCUACAUCUCAAUCGGUUUAUAAUACACCGAUNAAA